AUGGAGUUGCCAGAAUUUAGACAGUGCCGAAAGGUCGCCGAUGUAAACCAACGAGUCAUUGUGAUGGCACAAGCACGGGUUGACUCUACCCACAAUCAUGCAUUCAUGAAGUAUAUGACUAUACCCGUUUAUCGACUCACGGUUUAUGAGGAGAAAACGGGUGGUUGGAGUGAGCUGCCACCAGUGCCCGGGUUCUCCGAUGGGUUGCCGAUGUUUUGCCACCUUGCUGCAUUGGGGUUGAACCUGGUGGUGAUUGGAGGGUGGAAUCCAGUGACUUGGGAGGUUUCAAAUGCUGUGUUCAUUUACAAUUUUCUUUCCGCCAAGUGGCGUCGUGGGACCGAUAUGCCAGGUGGUCAUAGAUCGUUUUAUGCUUGUGCGUCUAAUUCUGAUCGAACGGUGUUCAUUGCUGGUGGACAUGACUACAAUAAGAAUGCAUUAAGAUCUGUGAUGAUGUAUGACGUGACAAAAGAUGAGUGGGUCCAACUACCUGAUAUGGCAAGGGAGCGAGAUGAGUGCAAGGGGGUGUUCCACUGUGGCAAGUUCCAUGUCGUUGGUGGGUACCCCACAGAGAUGCAAGGUUGCUUUGAAAGAAGUGCCGAAGCUUUUGAUGUUGCCACAUGGCAGUGGGACCAAGUCCAAGAUGAUUUCUUGGAAACUGCCACGUGUCCAUUGACUUGCACAGAUGGUGGAGAUGAAAGACUCUUUAUGUGCCGAGCUGGUGAUGUGUCGGUGCUACAAAGUUCCACAUGGCAAGUUGUAGCUGAACUUCCAACUGAGGUACAACGUAUCACCUUCGUGACAGCAUGGCCGGACAAGAUGUUAGUGAUUGGCUGUACAAGAUUCGACGAGUCCCACAGAGUCUACGUAAUGGGUUUGAAAAAUCAUAAGUGGACAAAACUGGAGGCACCGGAGGAGUACUCCGGCCAUGUUCAGUCGGCCAGUUGCUUAGAGAUAUAA